AUGACUUCCAUCGACCACAUCCUCCCUGCUCGUCAUAUCCAGAAUAUGAGCGAGGCUGCAUAUCUCCAACCACAUUGGGGCUAUGCGGAUCGAGCGGUCCCUUGCACCAACGAUCCAGGCUCUUGUGCCUAUUUGGACGUCGUCUACCAUUCACACGACUUAGGGAUGCUGUACUGCGGCAUUUUAUGGGCCACCGUGGGUGGUGUCCUCUUCAUUUGGGGAAUCGGGAGACAUCUGUACCCAUCAGUCAGGCAAGACCAAAGGCUGUCUAGCUCCGUCUGUGAGGGAGAGAGAUCGGACAGGACAGGUGGACUCCAUCGCGUUAAAAGCUCGAUCGCAUCAUAUAAACGCCAAUAUCUUCUCCCAGAUUUUCUGAGACCUGUCUUCGGCCGAACGACACGGCUUCAGGUUCUAAUCCUCCUGACUCUGACUAGCUAUCUCCUGGUCUGGACAUUCGUGGGUAUUGUCUACGACAAAUGGAUAACGCCGGUGAAGGACAUGCCCGAAGUCUACAACACUCGCACCAGCCUUGGUCCAUGGUCAGACCGUGUUGGUGUCUUAGCCUACGCUCUGACUCCGCUAUCAGUCAUGUUGUCAAGCCGAGAAUCUCUUCUAUCACUUCUAACUGGAGUGCCUUACCAGCAUUUCAACUUUCUGCAUCGCUGGCUUGGAUACAUCAUCUUUUUGCAAUCAGCUUUACACACGAUGGGAUGGUGCAUCAUUGAGAUGAGACUCUAUCAACCUCAACCCGAAGUCGGACUUGAAUGGAUCUCAUCUAUAUAUAUGAUCUGGGGGGUGAUUGCAAUGUUUUUUUUGACCAUUAUCUUUGUUCUCAGUACUCCAUGGGCCAUUCGCAUAACCGGGUACGAAUUCUUCCGAAAGGUGCAUUAUGUUGUUGCGAUGCUGUACAUUGGCGCCUGUUGGGGUCAUUGGUCGAAACUCAACUGCUACCUCAUUCCCUCGCUUGUGAUAUGGUUUAUCGACCGCGGUGCACGUCUCGCCAGGACUGCACUGCUCCAUUACAACUACCUCCCGAGUGGAGGCGUGGGCUUCCGAAGUGUGAGUGCGACGAUAACUCACUUUACCGACGCCGAUCACGGCGAUGUGGUUCGUUUGGAUUUUGUUCAUCCUCAUGGGCCCUGGGAUGUUGGACAGCAUUUCUAUCUUUGCCUACCAGAAGUCAGCAUUUGCCAGUCUCAUCCAUUCACGCCGAGUAGCCUCCCAGGGAAUCGGCCGGACGGGCAGGUGCAUUCAUACAUUAUACGGGCCAAAAAGGGCGCCACGAGGACACUCGCAGACUUGGCUACUAUGAAGAGCAUCACUAUCCCAGAUGAGAAGAAAAUCACUCCUGUCAGCCCGGUGACAACUCCGGUGAUCUUGUCUGGACCAUAUGGAGUCUCAAUUGUGAGCCAUUUGCAACCGACCACCAAUGUCCAGUGCGUUGCCGGCGGAUCAGGGGUGACCUUUGUUCUUCCCGUUCUUCUUGGUCUCAUCAACCAGGCCCCGGUUGCCGAUCGAAAACUGGAGUUCAUCUGGGCUAUUCGGAGGGACAUGGAUCUCGCCUGGAUCAAAACUGAGCUCGAAACGCUGCGUCGUGCAGGGGCUUCGCACAAUCUCAAGAUCCGCAUCUUUGUGACAAGAGAGAACGAUGCUACGGCCACCAAGCAAGACGAGACCCCAGCGAAGUCUGAAUUCCACAAUUUCGCCAUGUCUUCCUCCUCCUCUUCCUCCUCCAUGCCCAAGAACACAUCUGGCUCACGUCCGGGAUCUUUCUUGAUUUGCCACCCCACUUCCGUGGAAGCAAGCCCCAAGUCGCGACAUCCUGACCUGGGUGCCCUCGUUCACAGCUUUGUCGACUCUACCAUCCGGGGAUCCACCACGGUGUAUGGAAGUGGGCCUGGUGGAAUGAUUUCGGAUCUACGGAGAAUCGUGGCAGGAUGCAACUCGGGCGCUAAGGUUUGGGAUGGCAAUGAGAGGUUUGAUGUGAAGCUGGUCUGCGAUGACCGUCUUGAAUGGUAA